UUUCUUUGGAGACAACAAAGUGCAUUUUUUUCGAAGAUGAAAAAGCGUACUCAGACUUUCUGGGUUGUAUUCAUAAUUGGUUUGCUCAUCACUGUAUAAUGUUAUCAUCAUAGACUCCUUUAAGCUAAUAAACUGGAUUUGGGGGUCUUCAUUUGCAAAUAAACAUGGGGAAAAAGAGGGCUGCAAAAUUCAGGUGCACCAAUAUACUAUUUUUUCCUCCCUGUCUCUCUUUAAAAAUGUUUCCUCUUUCUCUUUUUACUUUUGCCCUCCCUUCUCUCCUCCUCCCUCUUCCUUCACCUUCCUCCUACCCCUCCAACUCCUCCUUCUUCUUUUCUUUCCCUCUUUUCUCUCAGACCAUUGAUAUCUCCCGAUCCUGCCUUCCACUCAGCUUCGUUCCACCAUGCCCAAAGCACUCCUGCUGCUGUGUGUUGUCCUGGUGCUACUUGGGCUUGUGCCUGGAGACACAGUGAGAAACGAAGAGAAAUGGAAGCCGCUCAACAAUCCCCGGAACAGAGAGCUGUUUUUCAGAACCCUUCAGGCAUAUCUUAAGGGAAGAGGUCUUGAUCUUGGGAGAUUUCCGAACACUUUCUCCAUGAAUGAGAAUCCCAGACCCCUCUCUUUCCAAUCAGAACUUCUUGCUUCUGCAUUUGCAGAUUAUGAAGAGCAGAAAAACUCCUUUCCUAAUUACGUCAAAGGCUGAAUGUUUCCUCUGAACACAGGUGUCUGGCUAUUUUAAAACUACAGAUCAAGCUUCUCAUCAGAAAAAUUCAAUCAUGGUCAUGGCUAAACCUUUUUCCCCUCCACUUUUGUCAAUUUAACAUGGUUUUAUUCUACAUUUCCAGAUUUACAUAUAAAUGGGUCAAGCUUUGGGACAUAUGUGACUUAUGUGCAUAUUUUUGGAGUCUUUUUUCCAUUCUAUAAACCAUAAACAUCAAUGUAGAGCACUGGACAUAUUUCUAAGAGUUACAAAAAUACUGUAGAGUCCAAAGAGAUGAUGAUCUUUCAAAUUACCUUUCCUUUAAGCUUGUCUUUCAAGCUUGUGUGCUUAUUACCUUUUAUCAAUAAACAUUAAAAAAAAAUUUUUUUUAAUGUUUAUUUAUUUUUGAAGGAGAGAGAUACAGAGUAUGAGCGAGGGAGGGGAGGAGAGAGAGAGACACAGAAUAAUGAUACAGGAAAAGCAGCUAUUCCAAAUGAAAAUAUGAGAGUCAGAAUAUUUCAGCCUAAGCUGGUGGAGAGAGGAGAAUGUCAGUUGGUUGUAAAAAAAGGGACCUGUUUCUACUCCAGGCUCCAGGCUCUGAGCUGUCAGUACGGAGCGCGACUCGGGGCUCGAACUCACGGACCCCACAGACCAUGAGACUAUGACCUGAACCAAAGUCAGACCUUUAACCGACUGAGCCACCCAGGUGCCCCUAUCAAUAAACAUUUUUUACUGGAAAGGGACUCUGCUCAUUUUUAGUAUCGUUCAUUAUAUAUAAUAGAGAUUUGGGCUUAAAAUUGCUCUUUUUCCUGAAAAGAAGCUGCAUUCCCACAUUCAGCAUAUGCCACUGAAAGACCUCACAAUGUUUGUUUCACACCAAGGGAGAGGAAGUGAUAAAUAUCCACAGUUAAGUUGAAAUGGAAAGCAAAGGCACUGGGGAUUCUAGGAGUUGCUAGAGUCUUUAGGAGAUGUUCCCUGCCAUCGUUCAGAGGUGGACAUUGUGUUACACCAAAUAUCCCAGCUGCACUCGGCUCUGGUUCUUCUGCACACACAGCUUCUUAAGAAGGGCGAGUGGAAACAGGUGGAGUAGAAACAGGUCCCUUUUUUACAACCACUGACCUUCUCCUCUCUCUACCAGCUUAGGAUGAAAUAUUCUGACUCUCAUAUUUUCAUUUGGGAUAGGUGCUUUUCCUGUAUCAUUAUGGAGAGCCACAUCAUUUUCUCUGUGAUUCUUGAAAAACGAACAUUAUACUAGAAUGCAAAAACAUUGGCAUCCUAGGAACAUUAGCCUGUACCUUUCACGAUAGUCUUCUGUGGCUUUCUUGUGGAUGAUUGAUACUGAAUAUCAAUAAUAAAAUACUUAUGGAAAAAUAGA